AAGAGUUUGACAAUAGUGUAUAUGAGACCCACCCAAAGCGAUUUGUGAUAAAAGCACUUCACCAAACAAUCUUGUUUGAACUGUUAUUUUGUGUUUUGCACGUUCCUGUUUAUUGUUUGUCGAUAGUGGCUUCCUUUCUUAUCGUGUGACUGAAAGAUUUGUGUGCAUUCAUACAGAAAAAGUGAAUUUAAAUUUUGUGGACUGAUUUUCCGUAAGUUCAUAGUUUCAUCUAUUUGGAACAGUUCUACGUGAAGUCCAGUCAACCCAUCAAGAAUGGCGGAACACUUUGGUGCUACACUCAAAUGGGAUCCGAAAAACCUAGAGAUCCGUACUAUGUCUGUCGAGAAAACUCUGGAACCAUUGGUGCUUCAGGUCACAACAUUGGUCAAUACCAAAGGCCCUUCAAAAAAGAAGAAAGGUAGAUCGAAACGAGCCCACGUACUUGUUGCAGCAGUUGAAAAAGCCACAGAAAACUUUAUUGAAAAAGGAGAAAUGAUAGCAUAUGAGAAUCCAGAUAUAAAGCAAGAGAUGCUUGCUGCUGUAGAAGAGGUUCGAAAAACAGGUGAUGCGAUGAGUGUGGCAGCUCGUGAAUUUGCAGAUGAUCCAUGUUCAUCACUGAAAAGGGGCAACAUGGUACGAGCAGCCCGGAACCUUUUAUCAGCUGUUACCAGGCUGCUCAUACUCGCAGACAUGGUCGAUGUGCAUCUUUUGUUAAAGUCUCUUCGAGUGGUUGAAGACGACUUGGAGAAACUGAAGAAUGCAUCAAGCCAAUCAGAAUUGUUGGACAACAUCAAAGCAUUUGGUCGUAAUGCCUCGGAACUUAUGAGCCAAGCAGCAAAGAGGCAACAAGAACUGAAGGAUCCUCAGUUAAGAGAUGAUCUGGCAGCUGCAAGAGCAGUCCUCAAGAAGCAUUCCACUAUGUUACUCACAGCCUCAAAGGUAUAUGUACGUCACCCUGAGCUUGCAGCAGCAAAAGCAAAUCGUGACUACGUGUUCAAACAAGUUUGUGAAGCAGUCAACACAAUAUCUGAUGUGGCACAAGGCAAGGGGCCUUCUGUGCCCCAGAACCCGUAUGAUGGCCCAGGUGAACUAGCUGCAGCACUUGAUGAUUUUGAUGAACACAUUGUUAUUGACCCUCUGACAUACAAUGAGGUACGUACUCGUCCCUCUUUGGAAGAGCGUCUGGAGAGUAUUAUCAGUGGAGCUGCUCUAAUGGCUGAUUCUUCAUGCACUAGAGAUGAAAGGAGAGAGCGCAUUGUUGCAGAGUGCAAUGCCGUGCGCCAGGCACUGCAGGACUUGCUGUCUGAAUACAUGUCUAAUUUGCAAGCAGCAAGGGGAGGAAAGAGAGGGAUGGGUACCAAAGAACAGAGUGAAGGCUUGGAGCGAGCCUUAGAUCACAUGUGCCGCAAGACGAGAGACCUCCGGCGGCAACUGAGGAAGGCAGUUGUUGAUCACGUGUCGGACAGUUUCCUGGAGACCAACGUUCCGCUUCUUGUCCUCAUUGAAGCGGCCAGGGCAGGAAAUGAAAAGGAAGUUGAAGAAUAUGCCCUAGUCUUCACUGAACAUGCAAAUAAACUGGUCGAGGUUGCCAAUUUAGCAUGCAGCAUGUCUGGAAAUGAAGAUGGAGUUAAGAUGGUACGUUACGCUGCUGCACAGAUAGAGAAUCUUUGUCCUCAAGUGAUAAAUGCAGCACGCAUUUUGGCAGCCAGGCCACGUUCAAAAGUUGCUCAAGAAAAUAUGGACGUCUUCCGUGAUGCAUGGGAAAACCAAGUGCGGAUUUUGACAGAGGCUGUUGAUGAUAUCACUACUAUUGAUGAUUUCUUAGCAGUCUCAGAAAACCAUAUUCUUGAAGAUGUGAACAAGUGUGUGUUGGCGCUUCAGGAAGGGGAUGCCGACACCUUAGAUCGCACCGCGGGAGCCAUUCGUGGCCGCUCAUCCCGUGUUUGCAAUGUCGUGGGGGCAGAAAUGGAUAACUAUGAACCGGGAAUAUAUACAGAGAGAGUUUUAGAGGCAGUUAAAGUAUUGAGAGAUCAAGUGAUGCCAAAUUUUGCUCAGCGAGUUGAGGUGGCGGUAGAUGCUUUGUCUUCCAAUCCACCCAAGGACGUGGAUGAGAAUGAGUUCAUAGAUGCAUCUCGACUUGUAUAUGAUGGUGUAAGAGAAAUAAGAAGAGCUGUACUAAUGAACAGAACUGAUGAAGAACUUGACCCAGAAGAUGUUGAAUUUGAUGAACAUUACACAAUUGAAACAAGGAGCAAAUCGAGUGCUCAUACAGGAGAACAUGGUGUUGACGAGUAUCCUGACAUCAGUGGAAUCACAACUGCAAGGGAAGCCAUGCGUAAGAUGACUGAAGAAGAUAAGCAGAAGAUUGCCCAACAGGUAGAAUACUUCCGUAGUGAAAAACUGAAAUUUGAUCGCGAAGUUGCCAAGUGGGACGACACAGGAAAUGAUAUUAUUGUUCUGGCAAAACACAUGUGCAUGAUUAUGAUGGAGAUGACUGAUUUCACACGUGGUCGGGGACCAUUGAAAACAACAAUGGACGUUAUAAAUGCAGCAAAGAAAAUUUCUGAAGCUGGAACAAAACUGGACAAACUUACUAGACAGAUAGCUGACCAGUGCCCUGAAUCAUCGACAAAGAAAGAUCUGUUGGCUUACUUACAGAGGAUUGCUCUAUAUUGUCACCAGAUGAACAUUACAUCUAAAGUGAAGGCUGAUGUUCAGAAUAUUAGUGGAGAGCUUAUAGUUUCUGGCUUGGACAGCGCUACAUCACUUAUUCAAGCAGCAAAGAACUUGAUGAAUGCUGUAGUCCUCACCGUUAAAGCUUCGUAUGUCGCAUCGACAAAAUAUCCAAGACAGGGUACUGUUGCGUCCCCAAUAGUAGUGUGGAAGAUGAAAGCACCUGAGAAGAAACCUUUAGUACGCCCAGAGAAGCCAGAAGAAGUUAGAGCAAAGGUUCGAAAAGGUUCUCAAAAGAAAGUACAGAAUCCAAUUAAGGCCCUUAGUGAAUUCCAGAGUCCUACGGAGUCUAUAUAAGAUUAUACAAAAAUAUAUGGAACCACUAAAACCUAAGUAUUUUUUUACAGUUCUAGCUUAGACCAUCUUCCUACAAAUGAGGGCUCAAAGCAUGCAUUAUUCCAUAUUUGUGAAGUAUUUUGCCACAAGUAAAUCACAGAAGCUAUAAUCUUCAUAGUGUGGCCACUGUAAUGGUUCAGAUAGCAGAUUCAUGUUUUUGUAUUUACAACAGUAAUCCAGUAUUUAUCUGAAAUUGAUUACAGCAAAAAACUGCAUUUUGAAUGGUUCAACAAUGUUGAACUGAUUUUCUGGUAGGAAUGUGUUAAAACUGCUUUUUUCCCCGUUGCAGAAUAGAACUCUGUAUAAUGCAAUUUUAAUGUUUUUAGCCAACUGUUUCAAAUAGUGUUUGUUUUGAGCUCUUGCCAUGAAGGGUAUGAUGGUGGAGAAAAAAUCCGCAUUAGAACUGUAAAUCUAUCAUGUGGUUCCUAUUUACUGUUUCGAGAAUUAUUUGUGAUAGAUAGCAGAAGUAUUUUCAGUGUAUAUAGACAGUAAAUAUUAAAUUCAGUGUAUGUAAGUAUUAAUUUUAUGUGUAUGUAGAUUAAUAUUCUGUACAUGACUUUCUGCAGCUGCAUUUUUAUUUAUUUUAGUCAGUCAUGUGAGCAACUCUUAGUGUAGUUUUUUUUU